AACAGAUCGAUUGAUCAAGUUAGGACAAUAAUGGCUGCUCUGUAUAAAAGGGUUCGCCGGCGCCCCCAUCAGCUUGUGCUCCUUGUGCUCCUGGCCCCCACCAAUUUAACCCUUUCUUGUCCUUCACUUUCACCCUCUGCACGGUUCAGCUGGCAUCUGAUCCUCAUUAUCUCUUUCGCUCUCAUUUAUUAACUCUCCUUCAACAAUAAUGCAUUCCUUCGCUGCGCUCUUCACUCUCGCUUUGCCGGUUUUUGCUAGCGCCCAUGGACAUGAUCGUAUUUCGCGCCAACAUCGCAGGAUGUCCAAUCGCGCUGCAUCAACCCCCCACGUUCGCAAAGCCACUUAUACGUUGAAGGACAUGUAUCAGGGACAGUCAUUUUUAGAUGAAUGGGACUUUUUCUCAGAGUCCGAUCCGACUAACGGCCUCGUUGAUUAUCAGACCAAGGAGGAUGCUGCUUCCAAAGGCCUCGCCUAUGUUCAGGACGACGGUACUACCAUCCUUAAGGUUGACAAUACUACCACGUUACAGUCGGGCCAAAGUCGGGCAUCAGUUCGUAUCAGCUCACAAACUCAGUACAGUAGUGGCCUAUUCAUUGCGGACAUCUAUUCCAUGCCGCAUGGUUGCAGUAUAUGGCCCGCUUAUUGGUCCGUCGGUCCGGAUUGGCCCAACGGUGGUGAAAUCGACGUCAUUGAGGGUGUCAAUCUACAGGAACUUAAUCAGUAUACGCUUCACACCGGUAGUGGCUGCUCCUUGACCAACGAGAGCGUUUCCUCUGGCAGGGUCCUGAGCACCACAUGCACUUCGAGUAAUGGAGAUAACACAGGUUGCGCGUUCCAAGAAACCGAUACUCGCUCUUAUGGUCAUAACUUUAAUAUGGCUGCGGGAGGCGUCUACGCACAUCUGCUUGCUGAUGAUGGCAUUUCCAUUUGGUUCUUUUCCCGCGACGAGAUACCCGCUGAUAUCACGUCUCAAACCCCGGAUCCAUCAUCAUGGUCGAGCCCUGGCGCCUUCUUCCCGUCCACAUCGUGCAAUAUCUCCGAUCACUUUUACGACCACAGUCUCACCAUUGAUACUACGCUUUGCGGAGACUGGGCCGGCGCUGCCUACGGUGGUGCUUGUCCCGGAACAUGUGCAGACGCAGUUGCUGAUCCUACUAACUUCGAUUAUGCCCAGUGGGCCCUCAAUUAUAUUGCCGUUUAUCAGUCCUAAGGAGAGCAUAUUGUAGUAUGCCUGUCACGAUCAUUACACGUUUGUUUUCGUCUCAAUCAUUGUAUCAUAAUGCACACAUCGCGAUGCCUGGUAGCAUCGAUCCUUCUCUAACGUUGAUCGUGCUGGUCCUCUUUUUUUAUCUAAUUGCUGUUACACUGUUUGUAGGAUUAGGGGUUCUGGGGUUAUAAUGUUUUAUACAGGUACAUUAUGUAUGGCGGUUCGUAACGAGUCGUGAUGCUCAUAGAAUAUACACACUUGAC